AAUACUAUUAUUCUUAAUUUUUAGAUUCUAAUUGUGAAAUAGUAAAUAAUAGUCAGCUAGAUGAAAAUAAAGGUCACAUAAAAAGUAACUCUGAUAUUACUACACCAAUAACCAAAAAACCAAUGAUAAACCGAAAUUUGUUUGAUUGCUUCUCUGAACCCGCCAACACAAAAAAGAAGAUUGCACUGAAUAGCGAUGAUGACGCUGGAGAUAUUACUGAUAUUGAUUAUACAAACUGCAAAGACAUAUUUGAGGAUCAACAUGAUUAUGGCUCGAGCAGUAUUUAUAUUUCAUCAAAUUCUGAACCACCACAAAAGUUGGCAUCUUUUUCUCAAAGCAAUGGAAGUAAAGUAGAGAAAAAAUCAACAAGUUAUAAAAAUAGUAUUAAUAAUAUUAGUGCUACUCCAUCAACAUCAAAUAUAAAUAAUACAAUUGAACGUGAUGAUUCUAACAGCUACAAUUAUGCUAAACAAACCCUAAGAAUAGCUACAAAUCUUAAGUAUGAUAUUAAACGUCUUCAUGAUGGUCAAGACUAUCUUAAAAUGAUGGUGGAUAAAAUAUUUAGUCAACUAAAUAAUCAAACAAGUUCAAGUAGUGACAGUCAUUCCUUACAUCAUUAUGAUGUACCACAUAUAACAAAUGAGAAUGAUCUAAACGAAUGGGAAGAUACUAUAAUAAAAGACUCGUCAUAUUUGUCAACAAUUGCUCAACAACUUUCACUUAUGGGUGGCCAAAGUAUAUCAGAAACCGUAAGAAAGCUAAUGCAAAGGUUAUUUUCUGAUACCUUUUUAGUUGACUACUCCUUCAUUGGUUUCAAAGGGAAAAAAACAUUUUCUAGUUUAAGGAGCUGCGAUCUUAUUAAGUGUAAGUUAUAAAGAAUUUGUUAAUAUUAUUUAUAGACUUUGUAGUUUCAUAUUUAUAUGAUGUCACCAAUCAACAAAUUUAAAUUAAUAAUAAUAAGAGGGUUUAUCUAGAGAAAUAAAUAAGCUAUUAUAUACUGACAUUAGAUUAUAAAAUAGUAUAAUUUUUACAUGCAUAAUAUUUGUGUACAACAACACCAGUUAUAUAGUGCCAUGCUUUUUUUUUAACCACCAUUUUUCCAUUUUCUACUAAAA